AUGCGCCUUUCUUUUGCUUCCACGCUCUUGCUAAUUUCCAUCUACAAUGUAGUGGAUGCCUUUGUGCCAACAAAGAACCCUUCCAUCAACAGUAGGAUUAUUCAACGAACACAAACCAGACAAAGCAACACCAAUAUCUUUGCCACGGUCCAAGAAGACACGGCGGUAGAAGAAGAGAAAAAGGAAGAUUUUGAAAUUCGAUGGGAAAGCUGGGCCCAAAAAUGUGGAUACGAAUUCCCAGAUCAUGUGACUCCACUGACAGCCGAAGAAAUCAAUUCCAGACGAGACGUCCAAUUGCAAAAGAUGCGCAUGAAGGACAAGACAUCGGCUUUUCUAGACAAAGAGGAUUUGAAGAUUGUGUAUGAAGACAAGGAUAUCAUUGUAGUCGACAAGCCCAGUGGCAUUCUCACGGUGGCUGGCAAGGACAAAUCCAACCCAUCUUUGGCGCAGACCGUCUUUGAAGCCUUGGGCGACAAGGUCGAUUUGCCAUCGGCGGAUCACAUGGUCGUUCAUCGAUUGGGUAUGGAUACUUCCGGAUUGAUUGUGUUGGCCAAGAACAAGGACGCUGUCCGGGGAUUGAAUGGAGCCUUUCGGGAACGCAAGGUCGAACGAAAAUACGAAGCCUUGGUCGUGGGACAUGUGCAAAAGGACGAAGGAUUGAUUUCCAUGCCAAUCAUGAGAGAUUAUGAAUACCCACCUUAUGUGCGCAUCUCUACCGAUGAUCAUCAAUGGGCACUUGUGGAUUUGAAUCCUGAAGUUGUGGGAAAGAAAAUUUUGGAGUUGCCAAAGGCCAGUAUUACCAAAUACCAAGUCGUAGCGAGAGAGGAGUUCAAGGGACAACCAGUCACCCGAGUCAAGUUGACCAGUAUUUCGGGUCGCUACCAUCAACUGAAUGUCCACAUGUCUGCCUUUGGACACCCUAUUGUUGGAGAUACUGUCUAUGGCGUCAAUGGAGUUGGUGUGACCAAUGGAGGACUGACAUCGGAGGAAUUGGAAUCCUUGGCACCCAACCCACAACGGGCCAGCGAUGAACUCCAAUGGGCCAUUGCCAAGGAAUCAUCCAACGAACCAUCUUGCUCGCAUGCAAACUACCUAAAGUUCCGACACCCUACCAAUAAGGAGAUUGGAACUAUCGAAUUCACAACGGAUUCUCCAUUUUAG